AUGUUCUUCCAAAUUCUGUUUAUUUUUUCCUCCAUUACUCUUAGUUCUCAAACUAAGAGUCACUAUAACUUUGUUGUGAAAGAAGCACGUUACACAAGAUUGUGUUCAACAAAAAGCAUAUUGACUGUGAAUGGAAAAUUUCCAGGACCAACUAUCAAAGUCCACAAGGGUGAUACAAUCUUUGUUGAUGUUUACAACAAAGGAAAAUACAACAUAACUUUACAUUGGCAUGGAGUGAAGCAACCUAGGAAUCCGUGGUCAGAUGGUCCUGAGUACAUAACUCAGUGUCCAAUUCAACCAGGAAGGAGAUUCAGACAAAAACUGAUUUUUUCAAUAGAGGAAGGGACUUUAUGGUGGCAUGCUCAUAGUGAUUGGUCAAGAGCUACUGUCCACGGAGCUAUUCAUAUCUAUCCUAGUAAAAAUUCUACCUACCCUUUUCCAGAACCUUAUGGACAGAUACCUAUCAUAUUUGGUGAAUGGUGGAAGAGUGAUGUAAAUGAUGUUUAUAGAGAAUUUGUUGAAAGUGGAGGACCCCCAAACGUAUCUGAUGCUAUAACUAUAAAUGGUCAACCUGGAGAUUUGUAUCCAUGCUCCAAAUCGGAAACAUUCAGGCUAAGAGUAGAGCAGGGAAGGACAUAUCUUCUACGCGUUGUUAAUGCCGCAAUGAAUCUCAUACUCUUUUUCGCUAUUUCUAAACACAAGCUCACUGUUGUUGGUGCCGAUGCUAUGUACACAAGGCCAAUGACAAAAGAUUACAUUUGCAUUUCACCGGGGCAAUCAAUGGAUGUAUUGUUGCAUGCCAACCAAGAACCUAAUCACUACUAUUUGGCUGCAAGAGCAUAUUCAACUGGAGAGUUUGAUAAUACCAUAACCACUGCUAGAGUACAAUAUAGAGAGAGUUAUACUCCACUUUUAACUCCUCCAUCACUGCCUUAUCUUCCCAACUUUACAGACAGAGAAGCAGCUUUUGACUUCUUCAGAAGCGUGAGAGGCUUACCUGAGAGAUACCCCCAUCCAGUCCCAAAACACAUCAGCAGACAUAUAUUAACAACAGUUUCUAUCAAAACAUUUCCAUGUCCCAAUGGCCAAUCCUGUAAAGGUCCAAAUGGAACCAAUUUAGCUGCUAGCAUGAGCAACAUAAGCUUUCAAACUCCUACCUCUAACAUACUAGAAGCUUAUUACUAUCAUAUCAAGGGGGUAUUCCAAAAGGGAUUUCCAAAUUUUCCGCCUUUUAUAUUUAAUUUCACUGGAGAUAAUUUGCCUCUGACCUUGAAUACACCAAGGCUAGCCACUAAAGUUAAAGUUCUUGAACAUAACACAACAGUAGAACUUGUUUUCCAAAACACAAAUUUGGUUGCAGGGUUAGACCAUCCCAUGCAUCUCCAUGGAUUUAAUUUCCAUGUCGUUGGAUUCGGGUUUGGCAAUUUCAACAAAAGUAAGGAUCCGAUGAAUUACAAUCUGUACGAUCCUCCACUUAGGAAUACUGUGACGGUGCCUGUAAAUGGAUGGGCUGCAAUUAGGUUCUGGGCCAACAACCCAGGAGUAUGGUUCCUGCACUGUCAUCUAGAACGCCACCUCACUUGGGGCAUGGAGACAGUGUUUAUUGUGAAGAACGGAAAAUCCUUAGAUGCAAAGUUACUGCCUCCACCGCAAGACAUGCCCCCAUGUUAA